UUCGUAUUUCGUGGAGAACCAACUCCUACAACAUCUCACCCCAGAAGACGCGGAAAAUUUCAAGGAAGAGAAGCUUUGAAGGCCGAGAUUCUAGUUGAAUCCGCUAUAUUCGCUUGGCGAACGGCUGUUCUCUUUAUAAAGAUGUGCAAUAAGACAUCACGAAGGUUUUUGACAGCUAGUUGUCCUCAAAUAUUUUUGGCUUUUCUGGCGUUCAGCCAUUCUGCGUCAUGUGGAGAGCAUAAAAAUGGAACAAGUGGCAAAAUCAAAACUCCAAAUUACCCUCAAAACUAUCCCAGCAAUGCAGACUGUUUAUGGAGUAUCUCAGUACCCAAAGGAUACAUCAUUAAGCUGAUGUUUAAACAUUUCAUAGUGGAAAGAAGCUUUGGUUGUACCAAUGAUAAUGUAAGGAUUUUUGAUGGGAGAGACGAGAAAGCAAACCCACUUGGGAAGUACUGUGGAGGAAUGCACCCAUUUGAUGUCCUUUCAACAUCUAAUCAUUUGGCAAUUACACUUAUCUCUGAUGAUUCAGUAUCAUUCAGUGGAUUCAGAGCUAAAUAUAUUGCAGUCAAACCAGUUACUACCCCCUCUAUUGAAUCAACUUUACCAAUGACAACCAAGAAGCCUAAAACCUCUACAACUAAAGAAGCUACAACAACAGCUCUUCCAACUACAGCCUCAAAACCAACCACAGUUAAAACCACAGUUAAAACCACAGUUAAAACCACAGUUAAAACCACAGUUAAGACUGUUAAGAUUACAAGUCCUCCUACAACACAGAAAUUUAUUUCAACUGAGCCACCAAUAGCCAUAAAAUUUAGGAAGCCAUUUCAAAACGCUACCAUAAUUAUACCUGCUGGCAACAGCUAUGACUUUGUAUGCCAAGUCAGAAGAACAAAACAAAGAGUACGAAUGUUUUGGACAAAAAAUGAUCUGAAACUAAAAGCUAUCAAGGGACAUAUAAAUAUAAAAAAGCACAAGAGGAAGUCAAUUCUUAAUUUGAUGAAGACAACAGAAAUGGAUAGUGGUGUGUAUGGAUGUCAUGCUGUUGAUUACCUUGGAAGGCAUAUCAGCAUGUAUGCAAGGCUCAAUGUUGAAGCAGAGCCUGAGCAGGUAACGCCAACAGCUGCUAUCAAGAUGGUAUUGACUCCAAAAAUAACGAAGGCAUUGAUUACAAAAUCAAUGAUAAAUACCACAGCUGAGAUGGGAGAAAAUAUAGUUGUAUGGUGUGUCUAUACUGGAUCUCCACCGAUCACUAUGAGGUGGAUGAUAGACGGAAAAUACCAUAAUGGAACACAAACCUACCACAAGGGAUUAUAUUCAUCUUCUUACAGGAUUAUGGUAUCGAAGGAGAACACCAAUGUCAAGUGUGAAGCAAGGAAUCCAUAUGGGUCUAGUGUGGGUUCAGGCGUGGUUCGACUAAAAACAAAAAAACCAAUGGGAAUUCCAGCAGUCAUCACCAUGGCAACGCUGAAUCUCACUGCAGAAGAGAAAGGACAGAAAUUGAUUCUACGGUGUUCUGCCAUCGGGACCCCUCCCAUGAUCAUAAGGUGGAUAAUUGACAAAAAGUAUCAUGAAACUUCUCCAAUUAGCCGUGGAAAUUUUCACACAUCAUCUUAUGAGCUGACAAUUGAUAAAGACCAUACCAUGAUCAAGUGUCAAGCACAGAACGGGUUCGGCAUUGAUACCAAGACUGGACUCAUUACAAUAAGCCCAAGUGUUGGAGCACGGCAAGCCAGUCCAUGGGACUCGUUCAAACCAGGACAAAACAUGUUUUAUAUAGUCCUAGUAUGUGGAGCAGUAGUUCUUGUAUUGGUUCUUCUUGGUGUCCUUUGUUUCCGUAAGAAUUACGCUAACAACAAAUACAGGGUCCCAACACCUGUCAGCCUGGAGCAGCUCACAAAGAACCCCAUAUUUGAAAAGGAGAGUAAUGUGUAUGUGAACCCAAGGCUGGAGAAAUGGGACGUGCAUAGAAAUAACAUUGAAUUUAUUAAAGACAUUGAAGAUGGUUCCUUUAGUAGAAUUUUUCUUGGUCGAAUGACGCAUGCGUCACGUGGCGAACAGGAUACUCUUGUCCACGUUAAAGUGUUAAAAGAGUCGCCGCAAUCUGAUGCUAACAAGGAAGAUUUUGAAGAAGAAGCUCUUGAACUAACCACUUACGACCAUCCAAACGUGCAAAGCCUUGUGGGUGUUUGUGUUAUGGGUAGACCGCUGUGUCUUGUGUUUGAGUGCUCAGAUCGUGGUGACUUGAACCAGUUCCUGCGCGACUCUGGAUGCAGCCACUAUAUUAUCCGGGAAAGACCCAACUCUUCCAUGGACCCUGACACCAAACUAUCCAAACUCGACCAACUUGGUAUUGCUAAACAAAUAGCUUCAGGUAUGCAAUACCUUAAUUACAGAGGAUAUCAACACCGACAGCUUUGUACUAAAAACUGUAUGAUCAGCAAAUCUAUGGUGGUUAAGAUAGGAAAUAUUGGCAUCCAUGACUCCAGACCACACACGGCGUAUAGUUCCCUCAGUGCAAUAGAAAAGGCUAAGUAUCCUGUGCGCUGGCUUCCUCUUGAGAGUGUGACAUCAGGGAAGUUUUCUGACAACACAGAUAUAUGGUCGUUUGGUAUCUUGUUAUGGGAAAUCUAUUCAUACGGAAUGACACCUUAUUAUGGGAUGAACAAUGAUGAAGUUAUCUCAUUGGUUCGUGAAGGGGACAUUCUGCCGCGUCCAAAGGAAUGUCCCAAGGAGUUGUAUGACCUUAUGCAAGACUGCUGGAAUCUUGUCCCUCAUGAAAGACCAAGUUUUCGGUUUCUUUACGAGAAAAUUUCAGCGCUUCUCACUGGCGUUGCAGUUUGAAGCAUCAGUCACGUGAUAAAUCACGUGAUAAAUAAGUCACUUCUAAAAUUCAUUCAAAUAUUGACGUUACGGUUUUGUAAAUGUGAAUUAUUUUUGAAACGAAAGCAUUAUUGAUGGUUCAAAAUUCAAAAAGUAAAGUAUUUUAAAUUAUAAAAUAGAUACAGUAGUCUUACAUUUAACUAGUAAAGAUGUUGUGACUUAAUUAAGGAUCAUGUAGACUUGUAACGUUGCGGGACUGAAGUGAGUACGUCCCUCACCAGUAACGGAGAUUUUAUUCCAACAAGUAAAAAUAGUUUUUAUACAAAGAAUUCCUAAACACUGCUAUCAUAGAAACGUACAUAAACUUUUUGAAGGAAAAACUGCUAGAUACAAGUUCGCUAAAUGAAUGAAUAAAGGAUUCUCAUUAAUUCUCACAGGAGAAUCUCUUUACACAAAGAAAAAAUAUCGCUGUAUAUAGUGCUAGAGUGCAGUCACUAAAACCAUGAACUUUAAAUAGUACUAAUUAGUACUAUUUCAUACAGAAUCCUUUGUUUUCUGUUGUUUAAUUAUCACUAUUUAGUGCUAAAAAUUAGUAUUUGUUUCACGGAUUUAGUGUGAGCACUCUAAAUGAAUCUAUGUGUUUUAUAGAUGGUGAAAAAAUAUGAAUAGAAAUAUAUCCCAAUUGUAAAUAGAUUUAAAGGGUUAGGAUUAUCAGAAUGAAGUUAUGCAAAUAUGGACUGCGCAACAUAUUUUUGAAAUAUACCACUCUAUGUCAUGUACGGUCAAUCGGAUAGAGGAUAGUUCCUCCCUAUUUUUAAAGAAAAGUUUUACAGUGAAUUAAAGAUAAAGCAUAGUAUUUAGAAGAAUUCAAAUAAAAUUGGAGAAAGAAUGUUAA